CUAAAUUCAUCCUGCUGGAAUCCGUGAAGAAGAGCGGGCGCAGUACAUGCGCUUACCUGAUUGAUAUUUUACGCGUUUGACUGCUUGUAUUAAAACGUUAUUACUGGAUUAAUAUAUCAACGUGAAACAAUGAACAAUUUCCUGAAUAAGGUUUUUCUUCUUCAAAAAACACGGGCGCUGGUGUGUGCAGCAUCAUCGGUCCCAAGUCAAGUGUUAACUACGCAGAUGCCGUUGGGUGUUUUGCUGCCUAACAGACAGUAUAGAUCAAUGCCCACACAUGGGAUUGGAAGAUACAGACAUCUUCUUCCAAAAGUUUUGCCAAAGAAGAAGAAGGACAAAAUUCAGGCAAAGCAGAUUAAAGAAGCGACCGCCACAGAGUUUGGUGUGCUUAAUGUGUGUGUUUCCGGAUAUGACAUGACUCUAGUGGAACAUUAUUCCCAGUACAUCCACAAUCUCUGCAGUCACUUGGACAUCAAAGUCGAUGAUAGCUUUGCCCUGCCUACGAAAAGCACAGAGGUCAUGGUGAUGCAGGAGCAAGGCACAAAGAUGUAUGUAGAUGGAGUCCUGAAAACCCAUGAGCGUGUUGUUCAGAUCAGUGAAAUGAAGGCAACACUUUUUCCCAUACUUGCGGAAGUUCUUAUGAAAAACCAGCCUGAGGGAGUGCAACUCUGUGUAAAGCAGCACAAGGAAGCAGAUUAUCAAGCCCGGUUCAAAACAAGACCUGAGCUUGAGGGGCUUAUUGCAAAAAUUAAUAAUUAAUGUAUUAUUUAAAAAUGUUUUUCACAUUAAAUAAAGUGUGUUUUUACAUGACAGACA